UGUUUCUCACAAAUACCUUCUUCCUUGUAGGUCAACGUAAUUAAUCACAUAAGCAUUCAACAAACAGGCGAACCUGAAAUGUAUAAUUUCUGAACCGAGUUUGGUUUGGACGUCACGCGUAGUCGGCCAAUAUCCAGCUGUUGCACUUGCGCGCAUCGUUACCUUUAAGAUUCUGAGAUAAAGCCUUGUUUUAGCUAAACGCGACACCAUUUUAGCUAAGAGUUCGGUGUGUCCGGCAAACCCGGUCCAGGUGACGGAUGUUUAGAAGCGCUAAAAGGAUUUUUUUUCUUUUCUGUCAAGUACGGGGAAACUGACGGAGGGAGCGAUUCGGUAAAUGUGCGAUUUCAUUAUUUGUCGGCCUACCGACAACUGGCGGCGGCGGCGGGGGCGAGAGGGACGGGACGAGAGGAGAGGAGGAGACGGGGUCCGCUAGGAGAGGAGGGUGCAUACACAAAAUACUUUCCCUUUAAAGCGGAGAGGGACAGAGGGGGCGAAGAAGAGAUAAAAAAAGAAAAGGAAGAAAGACAGAAAGGGAGGGUGGGAGAGCGAUGGAGAGACUUUGAAAAAAAAGAGAAAGAUGUCAUCCUGUCGAUUGAGACACCGAGGCGGAGCCAUGGACCGCGGCCGACCAGGAGCUCUCUAGUUAGGGGACGUACUCUACUCAACGCCGAGGCUCGGGACCUGACGCUGCGGCCUUUUCGGAGCUACGGCAAAAUUAAAUGCCUUCUCGCCAGCUGCUGACUAUGAUUAGCACGACUCGAUUACUCAUCCAUCAUAUGCAUAAAAAUUAUAUCUAUUUUGCAUGCAAUUCGCAAAAUGUCUUUACAGUAGACAUAAGCAAAUUCUAUUAAAAUGCACCAUUAAAGCAAGCAUCAUACCAACCAUUUUGUCGCAUUUACAAAAGCAUCUUGACAGUGUCUGUAUAUUGCCAACAGAUGUGCAUAACUCACAGAGGUCUAAUUAUUAAGUCGUAGAUAAUUUACGCCAAACAUCGUCCGGUGUCAUUGUAGAUUUCCAUUAAUUGAGCCAGGCAGGUGAAGCAGAGCAGCCGUACAGGCCUCACGUUUGGUUUUCAUAGCAGCAGCUGGAGCGUUCCUUUCCUCGGCUCUGUUGCCCUCCUCCCUCCCCUGCUUUAGUCCCAGCCAGGUUAGCGUCUAGUCCGGCAGGAUGGAUACCUCCUGGAGCAAUUUCCUCUUUCAGACGCCGUCGACUCAGAGCCAGCCUGAGACGCCCCUUCAGUCUGAACUGCUGCCUGAUUUGACAGGAGCUGCACAGAGUCCUUCAGAAGAGCACAUUGUGACGCCGCCGUCUACUGUUGACACGGCCGCCCUGAGUGAGGAGCCUCUACCUGUCAAACCACUCAUUAAACCGAGCCGGCCGGCCCACAUCUGUGCCACCUGCAAUAAAGAGUUCAAGAACAGCUACAACCUGCGGCGGCACCAGUCGGUGCACACGGGCAUCAAAAUGAAGGACCGAGCCAGUCGCGAGAAGGAGGACGGAGGGAAGGGAGCGCGAGUGGAGAAGCAGACAGUUCCCCUUUCGCUCCUCCAUCUCACCCUACCUCCACAGCCUUCUCCUCUCCCUCCUCCUGUCCCUGUCCCGGAGACCCUCCCCCAGCCUGGUCAGCACGCCAACCAAGAGAGCCAAGUGGUCUCUGUGUCUAUCCCCCCGGCAACUGUAACCAUGGCUGCACCGCCUCAACCCAUCCAAGCAGCUGUUGUUGUUGUUGGAUCCAUGGAGCAGAGCCCAAAUCCAAUUCCUAAUCCCAGCACUAACCAGGUGAGGAAGAACCACGCCUGCGAAGCCUGUGGAAAGGCCUUCAGAGACGUCUACCACCUUAACCGCCACCGACUGUCCCACUCAGACGAGAAGCCCUACUCCUGCCCCAUCUGCCAGCAGCGCUUCAAGAGGAAAGACAGGAUGAGUUAUCAUGUCCGCUCACAUCAAGGCGGCGUGGAGAAACCUUACAUCUGUCCUCACUGCGCGAAAGCCUUUUCCAGGCCAGACCACCUCAACAGUCACGUCCGACAGGUGCACUCCACCGAGAGACCGUUCAAGUGCACGACGUGCACCUCAGCGUUUGCCACACGCGAUCGCCUCCGUGCCCACCUGAUCCGUCAUGAGGAGAAGGUACCGUGUCACAUCUGUGGGAAGCUGCUGUCUGCUGCUUACAUCACCGACCACAUGAGGGUCCACAACCAGUCGCAGCACCACGCCUGCCACCUCUGCAACCGCAGCUUUACCACCCUCACCUACCUGCGUGUUCAUGCUCAGAAACACCAUGGCCAGGAGUGGAAGGAAAGCGGAGGGGCCCGGGGCGGAUUUGGGGGCACCGGGGCCGGUGGGGUGUUGCUCUGCCAGCUGUGUGGGGUGCAAUGUAAAACGGCCACACAGCUUCAGGGUCACAUGGGAACCCACGCCAAUCAGGGUGACGGCAACCCCGACCCGACAAGCGCAGGCCCCGUGGGCACCACCAGCGUGGCUGUCACUGUGUCCAGUACUAGCACAGUGGGACUGCUGGUAACUGACUGCUCCAGUAUCGCCCCCCAGCCCCACAGCUAGCAUGCUGGGAGGGCGAGGGGGUUUGCGGGGGUGGGAUGGGUGGGAAUGGAGGCGGGGGGUGUAAGGUGAAGGUUAAACAAGGAUACCUGGAGAAGUGGCAUGGAAAGAUAUGCGCCAAAACAGGUGUGAGAGCUAUUUAUCUGCAUGUAGUAUAAACAGAAAUAAUGUGUAUUGAUGGUUUACAGUAAAUUAGACAGAAAACUAACUGAACAAUUGAUGUUGAUGAUGUUUUUCAGUUUUAGGAUUAUUUCAUAACAGACUGCCACCAGUGGGCCACGACCAGGAUGACUUGCUGUGGAAUUCCUCAGUGCUGACCAUGGCUACAUGAGGACAGCAGACUUUUGUUUUCUGCUCUGUCAGUAGCAUAAAACCCACUAACAUGUCUCCAAUAGUACAAAACAUGCUUAUUGUACAUGUGGCACACUCCAGAUACAAACCUAAAGGGUAAAAGCCAGAAGACUUACCAUCACGUCAUUGUUCGAUUUAUAACUGACUUGCACAGCCUGUCAUGAUUUUGUAAAGCCUUUGCUGUUUUUACAUCAUAUUACAUUUAUAUUCCCUGUUAUCAGUGUUUGUUUAUGAUGACCUUAAGACCUUAAGAACGUGACUUAUCUCAGUUGUCCCCUUAAUUUAUUACAAACCAUUGGUCUCCAGUUUGCCUUUGUCAGAUACUAUAGACUAUGGACUCCUAACAGGACAUGGGCACAGCAGUUUCAGAUGGGCCAUCAUGUACAGUGACACACCUUUGUACAGCUGAUAAAGGCAAACCAAUAGUUUGUGUAUAUUCUCCCCAUGAACAUUGAAUGUGCAUAACUUCUCUGCUUCAUAUGAUUUGUUCUUACUCUGGAUGCUGGUUUGUAAUUCUUAACAAUUGCCAUGUAAUUUGUAGCUACCUUGGUGACACAUUUUCUGUGGCUGUGCAUAUUGAUUGUACUUGAUGCAUAGUGCAUAGCGCCUUGUUACUACUGUAUUAAAAGGCAGUAAAAUGCA